UUUUUACCCUUUUACGUUCCAACCGGCUCGAAGGUAGUCUACGCGAAUCAGCAUUCCAACAAAUUAAACUUCAAUGGUCACGGGUGGAAAAAAUCAUCAUCCAAACACGGUAGUGGGCAAGAAACUACUCAUCCGGGAGAUUCAGUUGAAAUAAGUUGGACAGGUGAAGAAAUCGAAUACUUUGGCUUCAAGGCUGGAAAAGAAGGCAAGGGAGUCAGCAAGAUCGACAUUUACCUUGAUGGAACUCUUCAACCUAGAAAACAUAUUCUGGACUGCGGAAGUGGAAAGACCUUUCAGGAGCAAUUGAUCUUUCGAGCGGCUUACCUGAAGCCAACUAAACACACUUUGAAGAUUGUUCACGAGGGUAAAAAGGGAGAAUUGCUUUCGGUCUUUGCAUUUGUAACGACUGAUACCACAUCACACCAGAGCAAGGAUUCCGGUGACCUCACAAACCUUUUAUCCGAGCCCAAGCUACGGAAAGCCAGACGAGCUACAUCCGAUCAAUGGACUUUGGCCCAAAAGGGUACUACCGGAGUCGCGGCGAUGCAAUUAAGUAUCAUAAGUGACACGGAGGCUAUCAUUAUUGAUAAGGUCGAACACAACCCAUUGAUCACUGAUGGUCACCCAGCAUGGGCCGCAAUUUACAAUCUCGAGACCAACGAGGUCAGAGCAUUGAACCCAACAUCGAAUUCAUUCUGCGCCGCCGGGAGCUUUUUAGGAAAUGGAACAAUGAUCAAUGUUGGAGGAAAUCCAGUGGUGACGGACAUAACAGGCGCAGCUGACUUUGGAGAUGUAAAUGGAAUCCAAUCCAUUCGAUUCUUCACUCCUUGUGAUGGUGGAAACUGUGAUAUUGAGGAAUACCCGGAAUCAAUCGCCAUGACCAGUGCAAGAUGGUACCCAACUGUGAUUCGGAUAUCCGACGGUAGUGUCAUGAUCGUUGGAGGUAGUAAGAAGGGAGGAUGGAAGAACACGGCUGAAGUUAACAACCCAACGAUCGAAUACUUCCCGCCUAAGAAGCUCGACUUCGCUCCUCAGUCUCCCCAAGUCCCCAUCCAUUCACCUUUCUUAGUGCGAACUCUAUCCUCAAACCUUUACCCUAUCGUAAUCGCCCUUCCAAUAGUCGAUACGGUCUUCAUGGCCGCCAACAAUGAUGCGAUGCUUUACAACUGGCGUACUGGUGUUGAGACGCCUUUACCAGCUUUUCCUAAUGGGGUUCGUGUCAGCUAUCCGUUCACUGGGACUGGAAUCCUCCUCCCACUCACCUAUCGAAAUGAUUACGAACCCGAAGUCUUGAUCUGUGGUGGAAGUUCUGUGCUUGAUAGUGCAACUGAUCAAGAAGUCAAGGUCUCAACUCCGGCAUCAGAUCAGUGUGUACGCAUGAUACUUAAUGACCGAGGAAUCUCAAAAGGUUGGGAAGUUGAACAUAUGCCUGAUCCUAGAGUGAUGCCCGAUGCUGUUAUCAUGCCGGAUGGUAAGAUCCUCAUUGUCAAUGGAGCAAUGACUGGAACUGCCGGUUACGGAAAUCUACGGGGUGGCGUCGGUGCAUCCAAUGCCGAUAAACCAGCCUAUACACCAGUCAUCUAUGACCCUGCAGCACCGGCUGGUUCUCGCUUCAGUUCUAAAGGCCUACCUACAUCAACUAUCCCUAGGCUCUACCAUUCUGUGGCGACACUUACAUCAAGUGGAAAAGUCAUGAUUGCGGGAAGUAACCCUAAUCUGGAUCGAAGUACAUUCAAGUACCCAACAGAGUAUCGUGUUGAAUGGCUUAGCCCUCCAUAUAUCGGUAGUGCAGACCGACCAGUGAUUGAUGCUGUGCCCUUGAUAGCAAACUUUGCGCAAAUUGUCCGAAUCAAGAUGGCUGCCGGAACUGAUUUGGUAAAGAAAGAUGUCAAAGUGGUCGUGAUGGACUUUGGAUUUGUUACUCAUGGAGUCCACAUGAACUUACGAUCGGUCGAGCUCAAGUCCUACCCAGCCAGUGCUCCCAAUGAGCAGAUUGUGCAGAUGCCAAUCACAGCAGAAGUAUACCCACCAGGAUACGGCUGGAUCUUUGUACUCGUUGAUGGAAUUGCCAGCGAAGGUCGACGGAUCAUGAUUGGUAGUGGACAA